UUCAUUUAGUCAUGGUGAAGAUGGUGGUAGGUAUUAUGGCUAGUUGGAGAGCAGUAUCUAGCAAACGCAGGAACAACUUAGUUUGGACAAUUGUGCCAUUUUAUUUACUUUGGUGUUUGUGGGGUGAGAGAUAUUGUAGAGAAUUUGAUCCAGUGGAAUAUUGUGCUCUUAACUCAAAGGCUGAGACGCAAUUAAGCAGGUGCGGUUGGCUGAACAAUCCUCCCCUUGUGUGUGCUCAUGGUGGUGACUCAACUAAUGCCUUCCCAAACACAAUGUCUGCAUAUGGAUUUGCUCUUCGUUCUCAAGUAGAUUGCAUUGAAAUUGAUGUCUCUCGCUCAUCAGAUGGAGUUUUGUUUGCACUUCAUGACAGGUAUUUUCAUCUCAUAAUCAUAUGA